UUUUCUGCCAGAUGGAAGAGGAAAUCCUGGGUGUGGGUGUGAGUGCACUUUUCAUUUCAGCACACAGACACAUUUCGGUUCUCCUCAGGUCCAGACAUGAACAACACUCUGGAAGAAGAGCAUGAGCCAAGGCUGGUUUAUGCUGUGAUCUUUGCCUGUAUCAUUGUGCUGGGUCUGCCUCUGAAUGCUCUGUCACUCUGGACUCUGAUUCGUCAACACAGCCUGAAAUCUCCAAGUGCGGUCUACAUGGUCAACCUGGCGAUCUCAGACCUACUGCUGGUCAUCUCUUUACCAAUGAGGGUCUACUUUUACGCCACAGGCAUCUGGCCACUGGGUGAUUUUGCAUGCAACUUGAUCACAGUGUUCUUUCGUAACAACAUCCGCUCCAGCAUUUUCUUCAUCACCUUCAUCAGCGUGGACCGGCUGCUGGCUGUGGUUUAUCCUCUGAGGUCACGCCACCUUCGCACCUCGUCUAACGCCUGUAAAGCUGCUGCAGCUGUUUGGCUGCUUGUGUUGGUGAUGAGCGUCCCAGAGAGUAUGUCCUUUUUAAAGUUUUUGAAUAACCUCACUGAAUCGUCCUGCUUUGAAAUGGCUCAUGUUCAGAAUCAGAAUCAGAGUCCUGAUAUCUUAAUGCAGCUUGUUCAGCCUAUGAUAGUGUUCGGCAUGCUGGCAGUCAACAUUGUGUGCACUGCUCUGGUGUCUUGGACUCUCAACAAACAUCUGAAUGACUCUGCAAGGGUCAACAACAAGGCGCUGGUCUUCUUUGGGAGCAUCUCUGUCACACAGCCAGCAGCUCCACAGUCCUAAUCCACACCAGAUGGACCAUCGUUGAUACGAGCUUUCAGCAGACUGAGGGGAUCGAGAUGACCUUAUGUGAAGAUUUGAAAUGAUCUGGAAGUAAAUAAA